CCAGAGUGGGAGCACCCUGGGCGGCUGGCUGGGUUAAAGUAAGGGAGCAGGGGAGUCAGGACCUCAUUCAGCACCUCGCUCAGCAGCAGGAACAGCAGAUACACACGAAAGAAUCAUUUCACGGUGACUACCAACAGAAGUAAAAUGCAGAGAUCGCCUCUUCUAGUCCUCCUACUAUGCUGCUGUCUGUCAGGAAGUCAGGCCAACCGCGUCUACGUUCACCCCUUCAGUCUCUUUGCCGCUGAGAAUGUCAGCUGCGAGACCCUGCAGACCCAGACGUCCAAGCCCCUGGAGACCCUUCCUGUGACGCCCCUUGAUAUUGAAGUCCUGACACCAGACAGCAGGGACCAGUCAACACUGGAUGCACAGAGGCAGAACAUUACAGAGAGGACGGCAGUUCUGGCAGAGUUGUUGAACUCUCUGGGCCUGAGGAUGUACCAGGGUCUCAGCAGCAAGCAGCACAGCACCAACACCCUCCUCUCUCCGGUCAACACCUACGGAUCCCUCGUGACUUUCUACCUGGGAGCCUCCAAGAAGACAGCACGCCCAUUCCAGCUUCUUCUGGGCCUGAGCAGUGUCAAUGACCGAGAAGACUGCGUGUCCUUAGUGGAUGGACACAAGGUUCUCAAGACCUUGCAGAGCAUCAACUCUCUGGUGGACGAUGGACCUAAAGAUGAAAUCACUACCCAGGUCUGGGCCUUCACUCGCCAGAAUGUUCAGCUCUCCCAGGACUUUAUUCAAGGCACACAGGACUUCUCAGAUGCAUCGUUCAUCCGCAGUGUGGAUUUCUCCAAACCUCAGGAGGCUGAGCAACUGGUCAACAACUUUGUGGAGAAGACGUCAGACAAGAAGGUGAAAAGCAUCUUCCAAGGUCUGAACUCCAGCAGUGACCUUCUGUUCAUUUCUACCUUCAACUUUCAAGGCAACUGGAGGACAGCCUUCCAACCAGAGAAGACCUCCAUGCAGGAGUUUCAUGUGGAUCAAACAACCACAGUGAUGGCCCCACUGAUGACCCACACGGGUCAGUACCACUACCUGAAUGAUAAGGUGCGGCGGUGCACUGUUGUGAAGCUGUCUCUGAGCAAAAGGUCAUACAUGUUGCUGGUCCUGCCUCAUGAAGGGGCCAACCUCCGUGACAUAGAGUCGAAGCUGCGCACAGAAGUCAUAUCUGGCUGGCACCAAAGCCUCCAGGAAGGUCUGUUGGAGCUGUCACUGCCAAAGUUCUCCAUGUCCUCUGUGACUGAUCUGCGAGACCUGCUGACCAACAUGGACCCAGAAGUCGAGACCAAACUGUUGGGCUCCCAGGCUGAGUUCAGCAAACUCAGCAACACCAAGCCCUUCACUGUAGAUAAGGCGGUCAACAAGGUGUUGUUUGAGAUGUCUGAGGAAGGAGCAGAACCUCAGGACAAGAUACAAGAAGCGGGCGUCCCUCUGAAACUGUCCAUCAACCGACCUUUCUUCUUUUCUGUCAUAGAGGGAGAUUCUAAUGCCAUCCUCAUGCUGGGCAAGAUCACAAACCCUACACUCUAAAGUUAUAUUGUGAUAUAUAGUAUGACGCAAACAAAAACUUCUGACAUGAAAAAUGUCCGACAUACCAGGCCCAUUUCCUUAUAAUCUACUUUAUUGCCUACAGCUUAAGCUUCCACUGGGGCUGAAAUCAAUCAUUCAUCAGACGUCACAUUUAGAUCAUGCCCUUGUUUUUCAACUGAAAUAAUGGCCACAUACAGUACAUGAGGAAUGAAGUACAACCUCACACGGGACGAAACCGUCAAUAUUCAACAGUGUUGUAGUUAUAUUUCACCACAGACCUGAUCCUCUCCACAAUCUCAGGAGUCACUCAGGAUACCUGUCUCAGUAUUUAUGAAAACCUGUUACUUUAAGCUGAAUUAUGUUCAAACAGUCUGUUAAAAUUCCUAAUUGUUUUUUUUUUUCUGUAAAAUUUAUUAUAGCAGAGUUCUGUACAGUAUUUUUCAGUAGAGUAGGUACAGUAACCACGAUUCUCUACGAUGAAUGACUAAUACGUUGUAUAUUGUAACUAAGAGUUUAUUUUUGUUUUGUUACUUUUUGUGAUUGCUAAAAUAAAACAUUUGUUUCCCAAUAUA